CCCAUGUCCCGCCUCCCCCUCUCCUCCGCCCUCCCAGUCCAUCUCUCCAGUGAUCCAGUCCUAACACUCCCCUCCGCGCCGACGCCUCUGGUGUCUGGUCAGGCGGUCACCACUUCACCAACAGGCGCCACCACACCACCGACCCAUUUGCCGCGUUGGUGUUGCCGGAUCUUCAAGCAGGCAGCACACCCCACCCGGACCCGAGAACCCGCGCGCGCGCGUAUUAAUAACGGCAACCUCGCUCGCGGCUCGCCGAGGGAAUCGCACGCACCCAGCGAUCAGCGCAGAUUCCUUCCACGCCCCCCCUCCUUUCCAGGUCCCCUCGCCCGCGCUCUCAGAUCUCGCGCGCCUCCCACAAGAAGGGUGCGCCAGGUGCUCUUGCUGUGUGAUCUUUGUCGCCUUGUGACGCUGGGGACCGGGUUAUUGGCGGGAGUUUGUCAGAAUAAUACAUAAAGAACUGGUGCCACGAGAUCGGGGGACUUCAGAUCAGGGAAACCUUGAGCCAUGGGCACAGUUGUGGAUGCCGCUCCAGCAGUUGUGGCUGAGGUCACUGAGAACAUGUUGGGUGGCAAGAAAGUUACAGUUGUAUUUGUCCUAGGUGGUCCUGGAAGUGGAAAAGGCACACAGUGUGCCAACAUCGUGGAGCACUUUGGAUUCACCCAUCUUAGUGCUGGAGAUCUUCUGCGUGCAGAGAUUAAAUCUGGCUCUGAGAACGGAACCAUGAUUGAGAACAUGAUAAAGGAGGGAAAGAUUGUUCCAUCGGAGGUGACUAUAAAGCUUUUGCAGGAGGCAAUGAUAAAAAGUGAAAAUGACAAAUUCCUGAUCGAUGGAUUUCCAAGGAAUGAGGAGAAUCGUGCAGCCUUUGAGAAUGUUACCAAAAUUUCUCCUGCAUUUGUGCUAUUCUUUGACUGUUCUGAAGAAGAUAUGGAGAAACGACUCCUGGGGCGCAAUCAGGGAAGGGUUGAUGAUAACAUUGAAACUAUCAAAAAAAGGUUCAAAACCUUUGUUGACUCAACUCUGCCUGUCAUUGAGCAUUACAACUCAAAGGACAAGGUUAAAAAGAUUGAUGCUGCAAAACCAAUCCCCGAGGUGUUUGAAGACGUCAAAGCCAUUUUUGCCCCAUAUUCUCUAAAGGCUGAAUAGAGCAAUCUAAGGGACAUGAUAAAGGUGAUACAUGGUGUCUAGGCACCACAUAAACAUAUCUGUGAUUAUGAUGGACCCUUUAAUAUAGAACAAAAGUUUUGGCUCAUUUGAGCUACCAGCGUACCAGUAGGCAAUUCGAUUUGUUACCAGCAACAAGUGAUCUGAUUCCCAGUGGUCCUGCUAGAGUAACAUUUUUUACCACUGUCUGUUGUCUAUGUAUCCUUUGAUAUUGUGUUGUACCAAUGUGCAAUUUACUCUAUGGACUGAUGGAACAUUGUGCCAUCCCAUCCACCAGAUUUAUUGUGGCGUUAUGGAAAGCAUAGAACCGCUGCCAUAUUCUUUAAUUUGUACGCUGAAAUAUACUCGUUGGCACCGAACUUUUGGUUGA